AUGGCGGACAUGUUGCGAUGCCUGGCGCUGCUGGUUGCGUUCUGCUCUGUCCCUCCGCGGGCCGCUGCGGACCCUCUCAGAGACAGAGCGCUGGAGCUGAUGGCCGAAACGCCUUUGAUUGACGGACACAAUGACUUGCCCUGGCAGAUGAAGACGCUGUUCAACAACCAGCUGAAUACCGUGGACCUGAACACCCUCGCAAACACGCACACCAACAUUCCCAAAAUAAGAGAGGGUCGUCUGGCAGGACAGUUCUGGGCAGCCUAUGUACCAUGUGGAACGCAGUACAAGGAUGCUGUUCGGCAGACACUAGACCAGAUUGACCUUAUCCACAGAAUGUGCCAGAAAUACCCAGAAUCCUUCAUGUUUGCCUCCAGCAGCCAAGACAUUGUAGAAGCCUUUAAGCAGAACCGGACAGCCAGCCUGAUAGGGGUGGAGGGCGGGCACUCCAUCGACAGCAGUUUGGGGACCCUGCGUACCAUGUACCAGCUGGGAGUGCGCUACCUCACCCUCACGCACAGCUGCAACACGCCCUGGGCAGAUAACUGGUUGGUCGAUACGCCAUCAGAAUCCCCCGAGCACAAUGGCUUGUCUGACUUCGGAGUGCAAGUGAUACAGGAAAUGAAUCGGAUAGGGAUGAUGGUGGACCUGGCGCACGUGUCAGAGAAGGUGAUGGACCAAGUGCUGAACCAAUCCCGCGCCCCGGUCAUCUUCAGCCACUCCUCCGCCUACACGCUGUGCCAGCACAAGAGGAACGUCCCAGACCGUAUCCUCAAAAAAGUGCGAGACAAAAAAGGGAUCGUCAUGGUGAACUUCUAUAACGACUACGUCACAUGCAGCGAGACAGCCAACCUCUCACAAGUUGCAGAUCACUUCGACCACAUCAAGAAUGUGGCCGGUCCCAGUGUCAUUGGCUUUGGAGGAGAUUACGAUGGAGUGACCAGAGUGCCCCAGGGGCUGGAGGACGUCUCUAAGUACCCAGACCUGGUGGCGGAGCUGCUGCGGCGGGGGUGGAAUGACAGUGAAGUUAAAGCCGCCCUGGGAGAGAACCUGCUCAGGGUCUUUAGAGAGGUGGAAAAGGUGCGGGACUCGCUGAACGGCAGCUGGCCGGACGACGUGCCCGUCCCGCUCGAGCAGGUGCAGAACCCCUGCAGAACCAGCUACGGCUACGCCCCGGCAGCCAGCGGCGCGGUCGCGGCGUCUCUAGGGCCGGUGCUCCUGAGCCUGGCGGUGCUGCUGCCCCGCUGCUACUAGCCGCCGCGGACGCUAAUCGAGAUUGCAGCUGCAGGGCCUGUUAGUCUUAUCCCGACCGCCCCCCCUUCCCGAUUAACUGGACUGCCCUGCCCUCCUGGUCUGGGUUAACUGGACUCCUGCUGCUGAACAAGGCCACACUCACUGCUCUCCUGGUCUCUUUAUUAAUGCCCUGCAGCCUGAUUCACUUGAAUAAUUAGUGCAAAUAAAAGUGCAACAAGGGAAAGAAUUUUAAUGUAAUGAAUUCACUAGAAAGCGAUCCUAAUUUGAUCCUUUUAUUCAGACAAAUUCAUCAAUCUGAAAGGGAGACGUUUUUCUCGCUUCAUAAAAUAUAAUUAAGUCCACAUCUUUAUUUAGUUUGUAUUGGAUUUGUGAAUUUGCUUUGUUUCUGUGAAAUUAUUGUUUUUUUUUUCGUCACAUUUUUACUAUAUGAAGCCAGUUGGAUGCUAAUGGGUGUUUUUUUUUUUCAUUUUGUGAGUGAGUCUAUCAAUUAUGUAUAAUUUUGGCUGUGACACCAUAUGUUUGGUCUUUUUGGAAGACAGAUUGGAACCUUAUUGAUGAAUAAAGAACAAAAUCUGUCUAAAUUA